AUGGCGCAAUCAGGCAGCAGCAACAGAGUUGGUGUCCAUUACAAAGUGGGGAAGAAAAUUGGAGAAGGUUCAUUUGGUAUCAUAUUUGAGGGUAUCAACCUUCUCAACAACCAACAAGUUGCCAUUAAAUUUGAACCUCGGAAAUGCGAGGCACCACAGUUACGCGAUGAGUAUCGUUCUUAUAGAGUUUUAAGUGAAGUCAAGGGAGUUCCCAAAGCUUACUUUUUCGGCCAAGAAGGAGUUCACAACAUUUUGGUGAUUGAUCUUUUGGGGCCUUCGCUUGAAGAUUUGUUCGACUGGUGUGGUCGAAAGUUCUCUACAAAAACAGUUGUUCAGGUGGCCAAGCAAAUGAUUGAACGCAUUCAGUCCAUCCAUGAACAUAAUCUCAUUUAUCGGGAUGUUAAACCCGACAAUUUUCUCAUCGGAAAACCGGAUACUCCCCAGGCGAACAUGGUUUAUAUUGUCGACUUUGGUAUGGCAAAACAGUACAGAGACCCUAAGACCGGAACACAUAUUCCCUACAGAGAAAAGAAGGCUCUUAGUGGUACUGCUAGAUAUAUGUCGAUAAACACUCAUUUGGGCCGUGAGCAGCUGAGAAGAGAUGAUCUAGAGAGUCUUGGCCACGUGUUUAUGUACUUCUUGAGAGGGUCUUUGCCAUGGCAAGGAUUGAAAGCCCCCACAAACAAACAAAAAUAUGAAAAAAUUGGAUUGAAGAAGCAGACAACAACAAUCAACGAGCUCUGUUAUGGCUUCCCGAUACAAUUUGCUCAGUAUUUGACCUAUGUCAGAAAUCUUCGUUUUGACGAGGAUCCUGACUAUGCAUAUUUGAUUGGUCUUAUGACGAAGGCGCUUGUUUCAAUUGACGAAAGAGAAGAUGACCACUACGACUGGAUGGAUUUGAAUGGUGGUAAAGGCUGGGAUGCGGCGCUCAACAAAAAGGCCAAUUUGCAUGGAUAUGGAAAUCCCCACCCUCCUCAGAGGCCACGAAAGGUAACUAACGCCACGAACUCGAGUGGGGCACAUAACUCACGUACACCUCUCCAUGGAUUUCCAAACCAGCCAGUUGGGAUAAAUAAUCCAGGAAAGGCACAGCUGCGCUUAACUCGGUCGCAAUCUUUGACUUAUGCCAAUUACAAUUCAGUAACCGAGAACAAUGGGAAUCAGUUAAAGAGCGGGGAUCCGUUUAGAGAUCUGGUGGUAACUCAAAACGGAGCUAUUAUACAUUCUGAGACAUCGAGCUUUGAGUUACGAAGAAGGCAGCAGUCUUGGAUUCGAAGGCUCUUUUGCUGCUUUUGA